GAACUGAGGGUUUGUUUUGGGUUCCGUGGCAGUACCCGGCCGGGAUGAGGCAGCAGGUGCUGCUCUUCUUCAGCCGCCUGCUGGGGCAGCUGCAGCGCCCCCUGCUGCACCUGCUGGGCGUGCAGCGGCCCGUGCAGGUGAGUCCCGGAUCUGCAUCCCAAACAAUAUCCAUCCCAAAGAUCCAUCCCAAAUAUCCAUCCCAAAUAUCCAUCCCAAAUCUGCAUCCCAAAUCUGCAUCCCAAAUAUCCAUCCCAAAUAUCCAUCCCAAAUCUAGGAGAAGGAGGAAGGUGAUGGCUACAACACUUUCCUGCUCCUCUUCUCUGCAGGGAAGGAGCAUCCUGAACGGGCAGAGAGCCCCUGACAGCCCCGGGGACGAGGGUUUGCAGCAUCCCCCGGGCGGCGCUGCCGCCUCCUCGCCCGCCGAGCCCUCCCCGCCCCGCAGGGACGGCAACCUCAUCACCUGCCUGGUGGGGCUGUGCAGCAGCAAGAAGAGCCGGGUGGCGCUGAGGGCUCGGGAGAAGCUGCUGCUGCUGCUGCUGCUGCUGGCGGGGCUGCCGCAGGAGGCGGCUGCCGCCUGCCUGGCGCGGGGCAGCGCCCUGUGCCCGCUGCUGGCGGGACGCCUCUGUCACCUCUACAGCGCCGUGCCCGCUGGCACCGACCCCGCCGACGUCCUCGCCAUGGGCAGGGCCAGCUGGAGGUCGCAGGGGGAUGGUGCCGGGGAUGGGGGUUUCCCUGGGAAGGAGAGCCUGGCUGAGUUCCUGGGCUGGCUGGACUUCCUGGAUGAGCUGGUGAUGGGCGCCCACCCGCUCGUGGCCGAUGCCAUCACCGAGGCCGUGGAGGAGAAGUUUUUCCGGGGAAUCCUGCAGCCGCAGCUCCUGCAGAUCUCGCAGUUCAUUACAUCGGGCGAGAUAUCUCCCACGGAGAUCAGGAUCACUGCCCAGCUGGUGCAGGAUCACUGCCCGGCUGGUUUAACAGCUGGUGACAGAAUCCAGACUUUUGGUCACAUCCUGUAUCACAGCCUGAGACAGCUGGGUGGGUGUGUGGGUGUGCGUGCGGUGCCAGGGGGCUCUCACCGUGCUGCCCGUGCCCAGAUCAGCCUGGCCAGCCUGCGGCUCUUCGAGGAGCUCCUGAGGAAGCCCCACGAGCACGUGGCUCACAACCUGGUGCUGCGGAACCUGGAGGCCAGGGCGUACCUGCAGCGCGGCCCCGAGGAGCGCGGGCCCCCCGAGACCGACCCCGAGGAGGACGGGCUGGACCUGGAGGAGGAUCCCUAUUUCACCGACGGGUUCCCAGACAACUUUGGGAGCACAAAAAAUCCUUCCCCGGCGGGGAGGGGGCAAGUGAGCGAGGUGGUCAGCAGCUUCCUCUGCCUGGUCCCCGAGGAGGCCAAAACCUCCUCGUGCAUGGAGGAGGGCGGCUACGACACCUACGUGCACGAUGCCCUGGGGAUGGUCCAGGCGUGCAGGGCCAGCUCAGCCUCGUGGGGGUGGCCCUCGUCCCCCCGGCCCCUGGACUCGUGUCACCCCGGAGUGGCUUUUUACGAGGGACACUUCCUCAAGGUGCUGUUUGACAGGAUGAGCCGGAUUUUGGAUCAGCCCUACAGCCUGAACCUGCAGGUGACCUCGGUGCUGUCCCACCUGGCCGCCUUCCCCCACCCCCACCUGCACGAGUACCUGCUGGACCCCUACCUCAACCUGGCCCCCGGCUGCCGCUCGCUCUUUUCCGUCCUCGUCAGGGUGAUCGGGGACCUGAUGCAGCGGCUCCAGCGCGUGCCCCACGCCAGGGCCAAGCUGCUCCUGGUGCGCCGGCAGCUCCUGGGGCUGGUGCCGGGAGAGCAGAUGGAUCACACGGUGCUGUUCAAGGGCGUGGUGGUGCUGGAGGAGUUCUGCAAGGAGCUGGCUGCCAUCGCCCUGGUCAAGGGGCCACCUGAGGGGCCACCCUGAGCCCCCCCCCAUCUUCAGCCACUGGAGAUGGCCCAGCCCACGUUCUGGUAGCCCUGCAAUAGCCAGGAGUGGCCGUGGCACCGCGGGAAGGACCUGGCAGGGGGAUGAGGAGGCGCCGAGUCCCUGGUUGUCACCUGGGCCAGCCCCGAGGUGACGCCACGUCCCCUUGCUGGGUGUGGAGCUGUGCGCGCUGUGGCUGCUCCUGGGUGGUGGUUCCUGCUCCCCCCGCGCUCUCCGAGCUGCCCCCAGCCCCCCAAGGCUCCGGCAGGGAAUUUUUAGGCAAUAAUGGGGUGUGUGGGGCAGUGCCCCCCCUCUCCCCUCAGCUGCAAGGACUCGGUUGUCCCCCGCCCUGGCGCUGUGGCAGGGGGAGUGACGUGUGUGACACGUGUGUGACACGUGUGUGUGCGUGUGUCUGUGUGUGUGUGACACAUCUGUGUGUCUGUGUGAGCUGCUGGGGGACUGUCUCUUCCCAGGGUGAUGGGACUCUGCUCCAAUAAAGCUGUGACUCAGCACCACCUCCUGUGCUGCCUCCCAGGCACCC